GAUGUUGAGAGUAUAUUAGCCAGCACUCCAAGCAAGUUACAUCAUAUUUUAAGUUUGUUGAAAAUUUCUGAGUAGCAUUUGUCUAAGGAAGACGUGCACCAAACCAAGUAUAUAUCAAUUUCUGUUGAAUGAAUAACAAUAGUUUCGUAAUGUGGUUGUUACGAGUAACCCUUCUUCGUUGACUUUCCUUCUUACAAUCUUCUAGUAUAUUAACUCGACUUCCUUCAACAGUCGAACACAAUGAAUUCACGAAUUGAGACAACAUGGAUUCAAACUCAAAUAUUUCAGAUACGUCACUCUCGUGUACUUCCUUUCUCCAGCAACAUUUUUCUGCCCUGUCGAAUUGUUUGCCAUUUUCCAAUUUGAGGCAAGGAGCUGAACCUUCCCAUUCUUCCUGGAUAAUACUCACAAUCGAAGAGGUAGACAUGACGUGUUUAUCAGUUUUAGAGGUCCUGACACACGCAACAAUUUUGUUGAUCAUCUUUAUGAUCAUCUAACUAGAAAGGGUAUUUCCGUCUUCAAGGAUGAUAAAAGGCUUGAGAAAGGAGAGUCCCUUUCCCCACAACUUGUACAAGCAAUUAAAAAUUCACGGAUUUCUAUUGUUGUAUUCUCUGAAAGAUAUGUGGAAUCCAAGUGGUGUUUGGAAGAGAUGGCUACUAUUGCAGAAUGCUCUAAAGAAUUCAAUCAAAAAGUAUUUCCGGUAUUUUAUGCCGUGGAUCCAUCUCAUGUACGAAAUCAGAAUGGGGUUUACCGAAAAGCCUUUGUUUUACACAAGAAGAAAUUCAAACGUGAUCUGAAUAAGGUUGUGAGGUGGACGAAUGCUAUGAACGUCUUAGCUAACUUUGUCGGUUGGGAUGUCAGGAACAAGCCAGAGUUUCAAGAGAUUAAGAAUAUUGUUCAGCAGGUAAUAAAAACACUGGGUCAUAAACUCUCAGGAUUUGCUGAUGACCUUAUUGGGAUACAACCUCGAGUAGAAGAAUUAGACAGCCUUAUGGACGUGAGCUCUACUAAUGAUAAAUUUCGAGUUAUCAGUGUUUGGGGGAUGUCUGGAAUCGGAAAGACAACUCUGGCUUCAGCCUUGUAUGAUAAAGUCUCCGGUCAGUUUGAUGCAAGCUGUUUUAUUGAGAAUGUAAGCAGAAUUUAUAAAGAUGGUGGAGCUAAUGCUGUAAUGAAACAAAUCCUUCAGCAAACCAUGGAUGAAAACAAUCUAGAUAUGUACAGCCCAUCUGAAAUAUCUAGAAUUGUUCGUAACAGACUAUGCAACAGGAAGCUCCUUGUAGUUCUUGACAAUGUAGAUUUAUUAGAUCAAGUGGAAGAAUUGGCUUUAAAUCCCGAAUCUCUUAGCACAGGAAGUAGAAUGAUCAUUACAACCAGGGAUGAGCAUAUUCUAAAAGCGUAUGGAACAUGGUUAGUCUCUCAAAAUACACGCAUGUCGUAUCAAGUGUAUGAGGUUCCACUAUUGAGGUUCAACUAAAAGGGUUUUUCACUUUAAAGGUUCCACAAGUAUGAUGAUAGUCAUCUUAGUGUUCUCUGAAGCCAAAUAUUUCUUGAUUCCCAUGGAGUUCUCCGAGUUAUG